UGACGCAAUGCAUGGGCGUGUUGUCAUGGCUGUGUGCUGCAAAACCCUCCAGUGCACUAAAUACUUAUUUGUUCUAAAACAAACCAUGUCAGCGUUGGUGGGGGACAGCGACAUGGAGUUAUAUUUUACCACAAAGUAAACAUUCUUGACAGAGAGCCGAUAAAGCAUCAGGCUUGUCAAGUCCUUGAGCAACAUCUGUCAGACAAAGAAAACAACCAAGCACAGGAAAAAAAAAAACUGCAUGUUCCAAAACGAAGAGCAAAGUUCACAGCAAACCAAAUACAAAGAAUGGGCCAGAAAGGGUUCACUCCCCCAUUAGUAAGAUGACUGCUUCAUAGCGCUCAGGAUUUCAGAUGGUGCUGUUCUUCUACCUGGAAUAAAAGCAGCGCAAGCCUCAUGGUGUCACGGCAUACUGGAAUCCAGCUGCCAAACAUGUUCAAAAGUGGGCUGAAGAUCAUGGGGAUUACCCCUGACCUGUUCCCAGAAACACCGCUGGUGCCAUCACUGCCCGCGAUAUCGUCAGCGCGCGCCAGCACUGCCCCUCAGAAGCCCCGGAGGCACAGCAGCAGCGGAAGUGACAGCGCUGCCAGGCCCAGGCCGUUGCGCUCAGCCCCCAGGCCAGGCCCCAGCAGAGGCAGCAUGGAGGUGGGCAUGCGUGUAGUGCGCGGCCUGGACUGGAAAUGGGGAAACCAGGAUGACGGCGAGGGCCAUGUGGGAACUGUGGUGGAGAUCGGGCGGCAGGGCAGCACCACUACGCCAGACAAAACAGUAGUGGUGCAGUGGGACAGCGGCACACGGACCAACUACCGCACUGGCUACCAGGGCUCUUACGACCUGCUGCUCUAUGAUAACGCUCAAAUCGGUGUGCGUCACUCCAACAUCAUCUGUGACAGCUGCAAGAAGCAUGGCAUCAUGGGAAUGCGAUGGAAGUGCAAGGUGUGCUUCGACUAUGACCUGUGCACCCAGUGUUACAUGAACAACAAGCACGACCUGAGCCACGCUUUCGAGCGUUACGAGACAGCACACUCCCAGCCAGUGAGCUUGGCACCGAGGCAGAACCUCCCGCGGAUCAUCCUCAAAGGAAUCUUCCAGGGGGUUAAAGUGGUUCGUGGACCUGACUGGGACUGGGGAAACCAAGACGGCGGGGAGGGUAAGGUUGGGAAGGUAGUGGACAUUCGUGGCUGGGACACAGAGUCUGGUCGCAGCGUGGCAAGUGUCACCUGGUCUAAUGGCACCACCAAUGUCUACCGAAUGGGCCACAAGGGCAAGGUAGACCUCAAAUACGUGUCUGAUGGCCAAGGAGGCUUCUAUUACAAAGACCACCUACCAAAGCUCGGAGAGCACGCAGAGCUGCAGCGCCAGGAGAGUGCUGACGGCCACUCCUUCCAGCAGGGCGACAAGGUCAAAUGUCUCUUGGAGGUGGACAUUCUGCGACAGAUGCAGGAGGGCCACGGAGGGUGGAACCCCAAAAUGGCAGAGUACAUUUGCCGGAUCGGGACUGUUCAUAGAAUCACUGACCGAGGAGAUGUCAGAGUCCAGUACAGCAACAACAUCCGCUGGACUUUCCAUCCUGGAGCCCUCACCAAGGUGAACACGUUUGGGGUCGGCGAACUUGUAAGAGUAUUGGAGGACAUGGAGAGUGUCAAGAGACUGCAGGCUGGCCAUGGAGAGUGGACAGACAGCAUGGCUCCUGUGCUUGGUCAAGUCGGGAAGGUGCUGAAAGUAUAUGCAGACGGUGACCUACGAGUGGCGUUUGGAGGCCAGACAUGGACGUUCAACCCAGCGUGCCUCUCGGCCCAGCCCGUGGAGGUGGACGCCAACCUUAUGACAGCUGAGAACCCCAACGAAUCUGGAAGUACUGUCAUCUCUGUAUUGGAGAAGCUGCUGUCUCAGUCCACAGAGCAGGACAAUCCCAGCCGGCUGGUCAUCGAGGCAGCACACGGCAGUGCCAACAAAGUGCGGGAGUUGGUGCAGAAGUAUCCUGACAAGGUGGAUAUCAAGAACCAGGGCAAGACUGCACUGCAGGUCGCUGCACAUCAAGGUCACAUGGAGGUGGUGAAGGCCCUGCUACAGGCCAACAGCUCCAUCGAGGUCAAGGAUGAAGAUGGAGACACAGCGUUGCACUACACUGCCUUCGGUAAUCAGGCAGAGAUCGCUCGGCUGCUAUUGAGCAAGGGGGCAAAUGUAAACCUUCUGAACAACUCCAUGUGCACGGCGCUCCACAUCGCCGUCAACAAGGGCUUCACUGACGUGGUGCGAGUUCUGACAGAACACUCAGCUGAUGUCAAUCUCCAGGACUCAUAUGGGGACACACCGCUCCAUGACGCCAUUUCUAAAGAUUUCCGCAAUAUUAUUGAGAUCCUGGUCGUGGUGCCCAACAUCGACUUCACCCAGCAGAACCACCGAGGAUUCAACCUGCUGCACCACGCUGCCCUCAAAGGAAACAAACUGGCCACAGAGAAGAUCCUGGGCCGAGCGCGGCAGCUGGUGGACGUUAAGAAGGACGACGGCUUCUCCGCGCUGCAUCUGGCCUCCCUCAACAACCACCGUGAUGUCGCCGAGAUCCUCAUCAAGGAGGGACGCUGUGACAUCAACAUCCGCAACAACCGCAACCAGACGCCGCUGCAGCUGGCGGUGACGCAGGGCCACACUGACCUGGUGCAGCUGCUGGUGGCCGAGGGCGCCGACGUUAACAUGGAGGAUGAAGACGGUGACACGGCGAUGCACGUAGCCCUCCUCCGCCCGCAGUUGGCCAAUGUUAUGCUCAGCCCCGCUGUGGGAACCAGCAGCACGGAGGAAAGCAGCGAGGGGUGUUCCACCACAUCGCUCUACUGCAGGCUGAAUGCUUCGGGUCUUCUGGGGAAUACCGAGCUGAGUGUUGGCGCAGCUAUCGCUUGUUUUCUAGCGCAGGAAGGGGCUGACAUCAGCUACGCUAACCACAAGGGCAAGAGUCCUCUGGACCUGGUGGCAGACAGCUCCAUGCUACAGCUCAUCAAGAGCUUCUCUGAGAAACACAGGUUGCAGCGUCUGCAAGCCAUCACAUGUGGACAGGGCCUGAGCAGCGCCAGCCUGCGGCGAGUCCACACUACACCCAACACCAUGACCAACCUGGUUCUUCCUACACCUCUGGGGCCCAGCGAAUGCCUCAUCUGCUCCGAGCUGGCUCUACUUGUUCUCUUCUGCCCCUGCCAGCACAGUGUGGCCUGUGAAGAGUGUGCCCAUCGAAUGAAGAAAUGCAUCAAAUGCCAAGUCACAAUCACCAAGAAAAUUCGACAAGACCAAACGGAGGUGGACUGCAGCCCCGGUAUCGAGAACUCGGAGCAGCACAACCUGCUGGAGCAGCUGCAGUCUCGCUACCGCCAGAUGGAGGAGCGAAUCACCUGCCCCAUCUGCAUCGACAACCACAUCAAGCUGGUCUUCCAGUGCGGACACGCCUCCUGCAUCGACUGCAGUGCCGCGCUCAAGACUUGCCCGAUCUGCCGGCAGACCAUCCGCGAGCGGAUCCAGUUGUUUGUCUGAGCUUCUCUCCUCUCAGCUCUUAACAACCCAAAGAGGAUGUAGGAGGGGGCUGGA